GGCGGGGCGGAAGAGCUCUCCGUGCUUUCUGCUGUCAAAACAAAAAAAAGCAGGAACUGCGACGCCUUACAGAUAUGGAGGAGCUGGUGCAGGACCUGGUGUCUGCAUUGGAGCAGACCUCGGAGCAGGCUGAGCUGGAUGAUCUGUGGCAGGAGAUGGUGCUCAGGCCACUGCAGCAUCGGCGUCAGGUUCGCAGGCGGAGGGGCCGCAAACGACGCUGUGAUUUCGAGCACAGCCUCUGCCUCAGUGAAGCAUCCGAGUCCAGCGUGGACGAAGCCUUUGCGAGAGAACAGAGACACGGUGCUGCAGGAGCUGUGGCCAUAGCAGCAGGUCCUGUGCUGGCUCCUAACCACAGUGAUUCAGAUGACACGCUGAUAGUCAAGCGCUGGACUCCUUCAUCACUGUCCUUCCGUACCAGACAGCAUUCCUGGCCAGAGUCAGACUCGUUCACUGAGAACACACCUGGAAGGCCUCUGCGCAGACGCCGCAAAGUCAAACGCAUGCCACCAAAUGUAAAUGUAAACAUGCAGCAGAGAUUCAGAGUGUGUGGACUGGAGAGAGGGGAACAAACACAUCGUCACUGUCAUCACCACCAUCAUCACCAUCAUCAUCAUCAUCAUCAUCAGAGGUCCUAUAAGAAGCAGAGACUGAGCCGGCUCAAAAAGCGCUCUGGGGGCUGGUCCAAGCAGGAUGGUGGCUCUGUGGGGGCUGGAGUGGGAGGCCUGUCUCAGGAAUGCUGGAAGGACAAGAUCCUGCGCCAGGCCAAGGAGAAGAAAGAGGCGUCUGAUGAGAACAUGUCAGAAUGUGAGACGAGCAGCGUGUGCAGCAGUGACCCAGGGCUUUUCACCAAUGAUGAGGGAAGGCAAGGUGAUGACGAACAGAGCGACUGGUUCUUUGAAGGUGAAUGUGCAUCAGGCAUUGGUGUUCAGGGUCUGAUCUCCAGCAGAGAGUCAGAAACAGCCCCCAGACCAGCUGCACUCGACGCUAUGAGAGAGAAGCAUCACUCAGCUACUUUCCUCCACCCAAACCAACCCAGUCAGCGAGGUUGUCAUGCUCGUAUAAACCGUUUGCCAGGUGUGACUGCGUGCUGUAUUAGGAAAGGCAGAAGGAGAUUGCCUGCCAAGGAUAAUAAUAUUGCUGCUUGUGUGGACAAACUGAGGACCUGCUCACAUGAUUCCUAUCAGAGAGAGUUCUGGCUGCCUCCCUAUGGGAAGCGAGAUAGAAGACAGCUGAAACCUUUGUGUUCAUUGUCCAUGUAUCCUAUCGGUAUGGGUCCAGACACCCCACAUCCAAGAUGCUCCAUAUCUGAAUGUAAAAACAGGACACGGCAUCGAACAGAUCUGCUGUCAAAGCUCAAUAAAUUGAUGGAGCAUUUUUAGUUAACUUCUCCAAAUGAACCUUUCAUAGAGUAAAUCAGUGCAAGGGUUAACCGAUUUGACCUGCAUGAAAGUUUUGCGCCAGGGUCAGUGUGUUUUUGAUGUGUAUAGAAUCACUACAAUGGACAAGUCCCACAGGACUGCAGCUCAAACUGUGACCUUUUGAUCUACAGGCUUGCUGUGCAUGACGGGCAUCUGAUUUGACAACGUUUUGUGCUUUUACAUGAAGAAAAAGUGCACAUUCUGCAAAUUCUUUUAUUUUAUGAUGCUAAAAUAUAAAGGAAGGAAAAUAUAUAAAAUACUGUAUAUAUAUAUUACAUAGUUAUUAUAUAGUUAGAAAUGUCAAGAAUACGGAACUAGCCAGCGGGUUUAAAUAAAUAUAAAAAACCCCUAAUAUAUGUAUUUAUUUUUGCUCUUAUGGUAUGUCAAAGGGGAGGCAUGCUUAGAGGUAAAUACGGGCUCCGAGGGAUCUGCGUAUUUAUUUAGAGUUUAAUUGCCUGAAGAUCGUUCGACUUCAGUGCAUUAUGCCUUUGGUGCCUAUUUACUGUGCAUUCUUAAUUCUCUCCCUCGUGCUCUCUCUCUUCCUCUGUCCCUCUCUCUCUCUCUCUUGGGCCACUCUAGAAAGCUCUCCUUCUAUCCUUGAUGAGGGGCAGAAACACAACGGCAAUAAAGCAGCCACUCUUCUUAGCGCUGUCUUUCAUACUCAUUGCCUUUCUUCUCCACCUGAAAGGUUCCUUCAGAUUGGAGUUUGAAGCAUGUUGAAUACUAAUUUCUGUCUAUUAAAAGGCCCUGGUAUCUUUGCCAUGCUCUCAUUUGAAUGCUGUACACAGGGGACGCCUCUUAAUUCCUUUAUAGAAGAAUUCCAGAUCCCCUUACUUCAAAAAGUAUAAAUCAUACUCCCAAAUGAAUGAGGGAGAGAGGAGGUUGAUGCCGGGUAUCUCUGAUGUGUCCCGCCCAUUAGUAGCAGACGCAUCGAGCUCCCCAAGCUGCUGGGUUCUGGCCUGUGUGGGGAAGACAUGUCUGUCCUCCUGACUCAGGCCUCCAGCAAAGCUUCAGGCCGCCACUGCGUACCGCUGAACUUAUCUAUAUGUACAAUGCAUACACGAUAAAAUACUGUAGUAACAAGAACAAAUUUUGUUUUCCAAUGCUGCUGCUACAUAAAAGUAUUAGUUUAGGGCGUAUGUAAAGAACAAAGCAUGCUGGGGGAUAGUAAUGACCAACACGGUGGCCUGGAGUCACUGUUACCAAUGCAAAGUUAUUAUUCUCAUUUAACAGCAUGUCAUGAAGGUUUUUUUUCCUCUUAUACUAUGACACUGUUACAGUGUUGGACAUUUUUAUUCAUGAAAAACAUUUUUUUGUGUUAUUUUCCACAAACCAUGUUCAUUCUUAUUAUCACUUGUUCUCUCAGCAGCUUUUCCUUGUUGAUGAUGAUAAAACAAUCAAACAAACCAAAAACAACCCAAAAGCUUCCUCCUGAAGAAUUUUGGAAACUUAAAGUAUUGUCCAUGACUGCUGCAAAGUGCUGACUCUGGAGACAUUUCUGGUAUUUGGCAGAAGCCCUUAUCCAGAACAACUUACAUUUUAUCUCAUUUUAUACAACUGAGGGAUUGAGGGUUAAGGGACUCAGGGGCCCCAGCAGUGGCAGUGGACCUGGGAUUAAAACUCACAACCUUCCAAUCAGUAGCACAACACUUUAACCACCCCAACAAGACUUCCACAAAGGCAGGCAGCUUUACUAUAUCAACAGUUGCAUGUAAUUUCCAAAACUUAAUGUGUUCAACAAAAAAAAAAAUGUUGACAGCAUUUACAUUUUCUUCUUAGUGGCUGUUGGUUAAAGAAAGGCAGUUUGGAUUUUUAGAGGGACAAAGCGUUCACUGAUGUAUUUAUUCAUUUAUUUAUUUCUGCUAUCACUUUUUAAUGAUGUAGGGGAUUUAGAAAAUAUAUUAAAUUCCAUUAUCUUUUAUUAAAGUCCUUGUAAACAGUAUUAGUUGAUCUUAUUUUUCUCAAACAACCUGAUAUUUGUUUCUUAUUUUGCCAGUUAAUUUUCGCCGUAAGCGUGAUUAGCUCCACCAGAUUGUUUAGUAUGAGUGAGCUCCAGCUUGUACUUGUCUCAUGCAAUGUUAAAAUGCAUAACUGCGUGCGACCUGCUUCUGGCACAUGCACGCUUUCUCAAUAGACUUUAUUUAUUUCUAAAUGACAUUCGGCGGCACCAGAUAAAUCAUAGUCCUCCGCCACUCCUCUCGCCCGCUUUUCAUUUUAAUUGUGAGAUCUUGAUGUCAGCAGUUAGUAUAUUGGUGUGAGUGGCCUAUUGAUUAUUGAUUUGCUGCCAUUGAUUGCAAUCCCAGAGGACCCUAAUCCUUUUUGAUUCAUUUGAAUACCUCUAUUCAUCUUAAGAUCCUCCUCACACCUGGAGUGGCCUGUAGUCUAAUGAAAAUAGAUGGUGGGCCAGAAGGUAGCUGUAGCUCUCACGUCUUUUUGAUUUAUUAUUUUUAAUUGAUAUAUCUGCUUUGGAGGUGUGGGGAAGCGAAUGACAAUUGACCCUGGUGUCAGUGUGGUUUUACACUGCGCCUAUGGGACUGUUGAGCACUAAAAAUGUUCUCUUUUUUUCCUUUUCACUCACUCAACCUUUUGAAAUGAAGUUUAUCCCCUGUUUUUCUUUUUUUUCAGUAAUCAAAAAAAGUUUUAUUGCUUUUUAUAUCCAGUGUUUCAGGAUUACAUGUCUACAACUUUUUCCAAACCCUUUUUAUGAAUUCUCUCCUCCAGACCUUAUUAGUCCAUCAAAUUAAAACUUUCUUCCUCACGCUGAAAGCUUGUGAUUAAAAGCUUGUGGUUUCAUGAGACAUAUUUAUCACAUGCACAACCCCAUUCAUUUUGUUGCACUUUUAUAACAGUGGUGUGCCAUAAGUGACUUUAUUGAAGCUUACUUGAAAGGACUGUGAAGUGUUAGAGAGAAUCAAGCUGCACUAUAUGUUAUGGAUUUUGGACAUCUAUAUAAAGUUUAUAUAUGAACUCAUAAAUCUGGAUUAAAAGUAUUUUUGUUUACUCUCUAAUAGUUGGAGAUGAUACAGAGGAUCUGUAACCAAUGUAGAAGUGAAGUGGAGCUGAGAGAGCUUCUCCUGCACUGAUCUGUCUCUAACUGAGAGAGAUCAUGACAGACAGAGAGAGAGCGAGAGAGAGAGAGAGAGAGAGUAAAAGACAGCGGGCCAUACCCCCUGUGAAUUAGACACAAACGCAUCUGGGUAUUACGUUUAAUACUGGCCAUGGCAGCAGCGAGUGAAAUAAUGUGGUGUUUAAGCGCUCAUUGAUUUUGGAAUUAAAAAGUUAGUUUGCAAAGAUUUACUGUGGGGAGUUCAAUGGCUGAGCUCUUUAUCAGUGCAGCAAAUGGCUGGUUAUACGCUGUCCGACAGAGCUACGAUUGAGGGAUCGAUAGACGCGUGAUUUACUAACUGGGCUACAGCUAAUCAAUAAGUAUAAAAGUAAAUGAAAUAUGCAUUACAGAGAUUUUAUUAGAGGGAGGUAGCAGGCGGAGAAUACCGGUUGAGCCAUUUAUUUUUAUACCUAUUGAUUAUACAACAUAGAGACUUCGCUCAUGUUCUUGCCCAAUCCCCCCCCUCAGGUAGUGUGAGUAUCAUGUGAUUUAUGGCUUUUGAGGUCAGGGAAUGCACAGGCAGUUAAAAGGUCCCUAUCUCAGCACGAGUGAGGUGAGGGGUUUAUACGGCUGCCAAAGAUGAGCUGCACUCUGGCAGGUAUCGCACCUACACUGCUUUACACAUGAGCCCCAGUGUGCAUAAAAAAAAGCAACCCUGACACCGAACUGUCUAUAUCUUAACACUCUUAUUUGAGAAUCAAAUUUCACAAAUAAGAAUGUAUAUCUUGUUUGUGCUUUUCCUUUAAAUGUACACACACAUAUACACACAGAUCAGCUCUUAAAGCAUCAGUCCCUUCCCCCUAGGCAAUGGAGAGGACCUUGACCUUAACUUUACAUCGCGGUACACACAGGGGGUCUGCAGCCAGGGUAAUUUGUUUAUCUGUACCCAGCAGCGACAGAGACACACAGCCUGAGCACCUCCUUUGCCUCUACUGAUAUUUCUGUUAAAACUCCUGCACUACAUCUUACUCUUUCUUGCCUUGAACUGCUGCAGUCCCCGGGCUGUUUUUCAUUCUUACAAACUGUAGUUGCUUUCUGAAUAGAUAAUUUCCAGAUAUUUGAUUCUGAGGGUCUAAGGUACUAAAGAACAUUGUGGUUUGUAUGAAAUAUUCCAAAAUAUUUGGACAUGUCCACAUUACACUUGAUUAGUUGAUAAAUGGGAUAUUU